CUUCGCCCUCGACAACCAUGAUGACAGGGCGCGCAGCACUCGUCCUCCUCGGGCUCUACGCCCAACUCGCCGUCUGCGGCCCCGGCAUCGCCGACCAGAUCCGCGUCCUCGGCCCCCAGGCAGUCAACCUCUGGCGGCUCCAGAACCAGCACGCCGCCCGCGUGCGGCCCCGGGCCCAGGACCCGCUCCUCGUCCAGGGCCAGGACGGGCGGGAGGACUACCCUGUCUCCAACGCACAGGCGGAGAGCAAGUGGGGAGGAGUGUUCCCCGAGCGCUGGUUCGAGCAGCCGCUCGACCACUUCGCGGAGGGGAAGGGCGCGCAGGCGGAGACGGAGACGUGGCGGCAGCGGUACUGGGUCAACACGCGGCACUACGUCCCGGGCCCGGACGCGCCUGUGUUCGUGAUUGAUGGCGGGGAGACGAGCGGGGAGGACAGGCUGGGGUUCUUGGACACGGGCAUUGCGGAUAUUCUGGCGAGGGCGACGGGGGGCGUGGGGGUCGUGCUCGAGCAUAGGUACUAUGGCGAGUCCCGGCCCGUCAAGAACCUGACCACGGACUCUCUACGCUUUUUGAACAAUGCGCAGUCCGCGGCUGACUCCGCGAACUUCAUGGCGAACGUGAAGUUCCCGGGCAUCGACGAGGACUUGACGGCGCCCAACCAUCCGUGGAUAUACUACGGGGGAUCGUAUGCCGGUGCUCGCGCCGCGCACAUGAAGGUUCUCUACCCCGACCUGGUGUGGGGCGCUGUUGCUUCAAGUGGCGUCACCCAUGCGAGCAUCGAGAACUGGGAGUACAUGGAGAUCGUCCGGCGGGCGGCGGACCUCAAGUGCUCGGGCAACAUUCAGCUCACGGUUGAGAUCGUCGAUUCGCUCCUCGCGAACCCCGUCACCGGCCGGCCCAUCAAAGGGCUCUUUGGCCUCGCGGACCUCGAGCACAACGAGGACUUCAUGUCCCUUCUAGAGAGCCCGCUCGGCCACUGGCAGGGGCGUAACUGGGACCCGGAAGUAGGCACGACGGGCUGGGAUGACUUUUGUGCAGCGUUGGACGGGAAGUUCGUCCAAGACCCUGACAUGGAGUUCGUCUCGUACGACGAGGGUAUGGAUAUGGUCACCAUUGCAGAAGACCUCAUGGUGCCUGUGCCGGUUUAUAACUACGCGCGUUACAUCAAGCAGAACUACGUCUCGCUUUGCCCCGAAGGCGCCGUCGAGGAGUGUUUCGGCACCUACGACGACUCGAAGUACCACGACACCGAUCUCGACCAGAUCUGGCGGCUCUGGCUCUUCCAAGUCUGCACCGAAUGGGGCUACUUCUCGACGGCACCGCCCAAGGGCCACCCGCGCAUCGUCUCCCGCCUGCUGACGCUCGAGUACGAGUCCAAGAUCUGCAGGCAGGCAUACCUCCCGGGCAAGCACUUCGCGGUCCCCGCCCUCCCGAACAUCACCGCCGUGAAUGCGCUGGGCGACUUCGACAUCGCGGCCGACCGCCUGGCGAUCAUCGACGGUGAAGUCGACCCGUGGCGGCCAGUGACGCCUCACAGCGACUACGCGCGCGCCCGCGAGGACACCAUCCUGCGCCCGUUCAAGCUGAUCCGCGGGGGCGUGCACCACUGGGACGAGAACGGGCGGAGGAACUUGCUCGAGGAGCCCGCUCAGAUCCAGAUGAUCCACGAGGACAUCGUCGUCUUCGUGACCGCUUGGCUGGAUGACUGGGCUGCGGAGCGUGCGGCACGGGCUCGGGCGUGAUGGCAUGUAUCUGUUUCGUGUAUCGGGAUGAGGUGCCACCAAAUCGAUGUCACUACCUCGGAACACUUCUAAGCUGGGACGUUGAGUAUGCUGUGACGUCAGGCGUGAGAACACUGGUGAGAAGCGCCGGAAGGCAAGAGCACGCUGCGGAGUCUCCGAAACCAGGUAUCACGGCGGUACGACCACCUGGAGGAUGUCUAUGUUCCGCAUUGGCCGUCGCGUGAGACUUCCGUAUCUUCGACCGCGACUACGAUCACGUCUGACUGAGAAGGAUGGGCAACGAGCAGUCCGCGCCGUAUGAGGGCCCGACGGAGGUCCUGGAAGGGAGGGACGUGCGUUCUAUCGUCAAGUACAUGAAAUCGAAGGAAUGCCGGAAGGUGUUCGUCAUGCUCGGUGCUGGUGUUAGUACGGCAGCGGGUAUACCCGACUUUCGUACUCCUGGUACAGGUCUAUACUCUAAUCUAGAGAGACUGAACCUACCAUACCCGGAAGCGGUCUUCGCGAUCAACUACUUCGCAGAGAACCCUCUUCCCUUCUACACCCUCGCCCGCGAGCUCUACCCCGGCCGCUUCCGCCCCACGCUGACGCACACCUUCGUGAAGCUCCUCGCGGACCACGCGCUCCUCGACACAUGCUUCACGCAGAACAUCGACACGCUCGAGCGGCGCGCCGGCGUCCCCGCGCACCGCAUCGUCGAGGCGCACGGCUCGUUCGCGGACCAGCACUGCAUCGAGUGCAAGCGGGCCUUCGACGGCGCGCAGAUGGAGGCGGCCAUCGAGCGGGCCGAGAUCGUCCGGUGCGGGGAGUGCGGCGGGCUCGUCAAGCCCGACAUCGUCUUCUUCGGCGAGGCGGUGAGUGGGCGGCAGGGCAGCUUCUACGAGGAUCCCGGCGUACUGACGUCCAUGCAUGCGGCACACACGCAGCUGCCGCCGCUGUUCGAGCGCACGGUGCCGAAGCUGCGCGAGGCGGACCUGCUGUUCGUGAUCGGGACGUCGCUGACGGUGCACCCGUUCGCGUCCCUCACGGGCCUCGUGCCCGCGGGCUGUCCGCGCGUGCUGAUCAACAUGGAGCGCGCGGGGGACAUCGGGGGGCGGCCGGACGACGUCGUGCUCCUCGGGCGCUGCGACGACAUCGUCCGUGAGAUCGCGCAGGAGCUCGGCUGGGCGGACGAGCUCGAGCGCGAGUGGGCGAAGACGGAGAUUCUCGUCCCGCUGGAGGCGCUCGAUAGAGAGCAGGGAGCGAAGGAGAAGGAUGAGGAGAAGGCGGGGGUAGAGACGACUGUUGCGGACGUUCCUGCCUCACAGUCACAGGCAGCCUAUGCGGAGGGGGCGCCUGCUGUGAGCAAGGGGCAGGAAGAGGAGGCGCGGGUCGAGGCGGAGGUCGACGUGUUGACGGAGAAAGUCGCUCAGGCACUUGCGCUGUCCGAGGAUGCGGGAGUUGAGGCGGCUAGGACGGCGACGAUCACCCCAGGCUCACAAUCGACGACGUCGGGUCCGGGUUCUGAGGAAGCCUCAGAGGGUGCGGCCGCACACUCAUCUGAGUCUGAUUCGAGACCGCCAGUAGGAGAUACGAGAAGUCCGGAGGCGAGCAUAGCAGGAAAGGAGAAAGAGAAGUUGUAGUGAUGAUACCAGUGGGACAUUGAUUCACCAAAGUCCACGAUCUGUUGCUGUAUAGUGCUCCACUCAUCGUAGCAGGAUUCGCCACUCAACGAAGCUCAAGAUGGUCAAUUGCGAUUGCA